CCAAGCACAUACUGAGCAUGCGCUGCUCGCCGACGGAAGCCGGGAAGGAAGGGGGCGGGCCGUGUCUGGCGGGCGCGGGGAAAAUGGCGGCGGCGGCGGCAGCGGCGGCGAACGGGAGCGGAGGCAGCAGCGGCAUGGAGGUGGAUGCAGCAGUGCCCAGCGUGAUGGCCUCCGGAGUGACUGGGAGUGUUUCUGUCGCUCUCCAUCCCCUUGUCAUCCUCAACAUCUCAGACCACUGGAUCCGCAUGCGCUCCCAGGAGGGGCGGCCUAUGCAGGUGAUUGGGGCUUUGAUCGGAAAGCAGGAGGGGCGAAAUAUCGAAGUGAUGAACUCCUUUGAGCUGCUGUCCCACACCGUGGAAGAGAAGAUUAUCAUUGACAAGGAAUAUUAUUACACCAAGGAAGAGCAGUUUAAACAGGUGUUCAAGGAGCUGGAGUUUCUGGGUUGGUAUACCACAGGGGGGCCGCCUGACCCCUCCGACAUCCACGUCCAUAAGCAGGUAUGCGAGAUCAUUGAGAGUCCCCUCUUUCUGAAGUUGAACCCCAUGACCAAGCACACAGAUCUUCCUGUCAGCGUUUUUGAGUCUGUCAUCGAUAUAAUCAAUGGAGAGGCAACAAUGCUGUUUGCUGAGCUCACUUACACCCUGGCCACCGAGGAAGCUGAACGGAUCGGUGUAGACCACGUGGCCCGGAUGACGGCAACAGGCAGUGGGGAGAACUCCACUGUGGCUGAACACCUGAUAGCUCAGCAUAGCGCCAUCAAGAUGCUGCACAGCCGUGUGAAGCUCAUUUUAGAGUAUGUCAAGGCCUCGGAAGCAGGAGAGGUUCCCUUCAACCAUGAGAUCCUGCGGGAGGCCUACGCCCUGUGUCACUGCCUUCCGGUUCUCAGCACAGACAAGUUCAAGACAGACUUUUAUGAUCAAUGCAAUGACGUGGGGCUCAUGGCCUACCUCGGCACCAUCACCAAAACGUGCAACACAAUGAACCAGUUUGUGAACAAGUUCAACGUCCUCUACGACCGACAGGGCAUCGGCAGGCGAAUGAGGGGACUGUUUUUCUGAUGAAGGUUCUGGAAGGGAUGAUGUACAGGGCCCAGACAACUGUUCCUUGGGACUGGGCACUGCAUUCCCUUAGAGAAACUGUCAUUAAUAAAAGAGCAGCCCCUUA